AACAACGCAUGAAGCCCCGAUACAGAGCUCUACUAAAAACUGGUUUGUUCUUUAUUUAACACAUGCUUUAGUGUCACUGGAAACAUCACUACGGUACGUCCAGGAUCUGCGACACACCCGGAAGUAAACAUAACGGAAUUCCACUGAAAAUAAAAUGUAAGGGGACAGUCAGAGAGCUGCUGUUAUCCUCCGUGUCCCACACAUUAAGGCUGAAUCCACGGACACAGGGCGGGGUUUUGACAGACGUGGAUCCGGGCAGGAUGUCCACUUAUGUGAAUUUCCACACUCAGCUGGCGUCCAUCAUGGAGGUGUUGGCCAACGCGGCCGUAGCAGAGAUCUGCCAGCUGGUGGACGAUGGCUUCUCCAACCUGAGGCUGGAGAUGUCCCGGACCCAGAGAGAGAACCUGGCCCUCAAAAGCAAACUGCGCCUGAUGGAGGUCCGCUCAGGAGACACGGGGCCGCACAGGGAGCACAUCCCGCCGCUGGUGGUCACCUGCAUCAGGAAAGAUCACUGUUUUGGAGAAGAACUUCCUAUUGCUGUUAAAAGAAAUGUCACGUCCACCAUCCUGGGAAACAGCACUCAGCAGUCUAAGAAGCUUGUGCCAGAACAAUUGGUGGAACCAGAAGUUGUUGUGAUCAAGGAGGAACGUCUGGAAGAGGAUUUGAUGGGCUGCAGCUUGAUGGAAGCCAAUCACACCACUCUGAAUAGCAGCAUUGGACCACAGUCUUCUGAGACUGACCAUCCUGUGAAUAUUAAAGUGUCCCUGAGCAUCACUGAAGUAGAAGCACCCAGGAUCAGUUUAGAAAACCCACAUAAAAAGGAGAACUAUGCCACAUAUGAAGCUCAGCAGGACGAGCGAGUAGAGGCCAGCAAGGUUAAGGUAACUCAGACAGGAAAAGGAUUUCUCGCUCAGAGCCAGAGCUCCAGUUCAGCAGAGCAGAACCACGGAGGGAUACAGAGGGAUGUAAUCAGAACCCAAGACACAACAGAUCUGACAAAAGAAGACCACAGCUGUGUUCCCGCUGACUCCCUGUCCAAUAAGUGUAAAGUGUCUAAUGCACAGACACCAUUGGUAAAUCUGGAAACAGAUUUACCAGUGACAAGUACAGGAAAGGAUGGACUGUGUGGAGCUUCAGCAGACUGGAGUGGACAGGCCUCAGAGGUUUCAGCAGCUGUUAAAAUGGAGGCUGAGCCGUCAUGGUGUGGAGGGACCAGAAGCAGAUUCACUGACAGUAACAGCCUUUCCUCUCAGAGCAACCACACAGAGAGUGAGCCAGCAGAGGGUAAAUGCUGCGAGUUGGACAGCUUUGACUCAUCCUCUUUUGAUGAUCUGUUCUCCUCCCCAGAGGUGGCCAGAUCUCUGACAGCACUCCACUCCACAGAUACAGCUGGAGGCAUGGAGGACCGACUGUCUUCUUCAUCUUUUCAGUUCUUGAGCAGUGGGACCCAGUUUGGGAAUCAUUCUGCGUCUGUGUCAGACUCGAUACCACUGUCAUCUUUCAGUAACCCUCCCUCUGACUCCAGAAGCAGAGUUUUUCCCAGCAGCACCGAGCGAGCGUUCAGCUGUCAGCAGUGCGGCCGACACUUCUCCGCCUCCAGAGACCUGGUGGUGCACCAGCGUUGUCACACCGGGGAGAGAAUCUACCACUGCCACCUGUGUAAGAAACCUUUUAUCCACCCUCAUCAACUCAAAACCCACCAGCGGGUGCACACUGGGGAGAAACCAUUCAGCUGCACUCAGUGUGGUAAGCGCUUCUCCCAGUCCAGCCACAUUAAGAGACAUAUGAGUGUCCACACAGGGGAGAAGCGCUACAGCUGCAGUCUGUGUGGGAAACGCUUCUCACAGGCGUGUAGCCUGAAGGUCCAUCAGGCUGUCCACACUGGAGAGAGACCCUACAGCUGUACCCACUGUGGAAAGAGCUUCUCUGUGCUUGGAAACCUGGUUCGACAUCAGAGUGUUCACAUCAGCAAGUGAAGCAGCAGGUGGUGUGUGAUGCAGGCAGUGGUGAAAUGUAACAAAGCACUUUUACCCAAGUGUGUGCUGUAGUUAAGUACAAAUAUGUGGUACUUGUACUAUGCUCAAGUAUUUUAAUUUAUGCAACUUUCUAUUCUGCUCUUCUAUUACAUAUCAGAAGGAAAUGUUGUACUAUUUACGCCACUGCAUUUCUCUGACAGCUAAAGUUUCUUUUCGGAUUAUAAUUAUGCAUCCCCUUCCAUUCAGUGAAAAUCAUGCUAAGUAAAAUAAUGUUUUUUUAUUGAUUUGAAAACAUUUUCAAGCUAAGUAAACAUCUUAGAAAUCUUGGAUUAGUUGGAAAAUGCUUUGUCAAAAAGCUGAAAACAUGUUUUUAAGAACACUUGAAUAGUUCAUGUUUUGAAGAUAUGUGGCUCUCACAGGACAAAUAUAUCAUUGAUAUCAGUGUUUUUCAGCCUUGGGGUCAGGACCCCACGUAGGAUCGCCUGGAAUUCAAAUGGAGUCACCUGAAAUUUCUUGUAAUUGGGAA